GCGCCGCAGCCGCUUGCACGUGUCGCCCCGCACGGCACACCACAGAGCCCCGCGCCGCCAUGAGCUGCCCGGUAACGUGCGCCGCCUGGGUGCGCUGCGGCGUGGCCAAGGAGACGCCGGAAAAGGUACAGCUCAGCCAGGAGGAGCUGAACGACCUCAUCGAGGAGGCCCAGGACAGGGUGAGGGAUGCUGCUGAUGGUAGUGAUGAAGGCCAGAUGGCAUCUGAUGUGAAUGUAGAUGUUCCUGGCAGAGCUGAGUCUUCUCAUGAAAAUGAAGACCCACCUGAUGAUGAGCUAGAUGAAUAUGAUUUGGAAAAUUAUGAUGAAGAGGAAUGCACAGGUGAUCUAAAACUUGGAGACUCCUUGGCUACCCUGGCAGUAUACGGGAGUAAUGAUAAUGAUCCUUACAUCACUCUAAAAACCACUGAUCAGUAUGAAGAAGAAGACUUCUUGAUUAAGCCCACUGACAAUCUUGUCCUUUGUGGCAGAGUUGAUAAAGACUACUGUAGUUUGGAGGUCCAUGUUUAUAAUCAUGAAGAGAACUCAUUUUAUGUGCAUCAUGAUAUUAUCUUGCCUGCUUACCCUCUAAGUCUGGAGUGGCUGAAUUUUGAUCCUAAUCCUGAUGAAUCAGUAGGAAAUUAUGUUGCAGUGGGUAACAUGACCCCAGUUAUUGACAUUUGGGACCUUGAUGUAGUAGAAUCCUUAGAACCAGUCUUUUCUCUUGGAGACAAGAAAGAGAAAAAGAAAAAAAAGAAAGGGAAGAAAAGCUUAUCUUCAGAAGAGACAGUGAAAGGACAUACUGAUGCUGUGCUUGAUCUUUCGUGGAAUAAACAAAGCAGGAAUGUUUUAGCAAGUGCAUCUGCUGACAGUACUGUGAUUUUGUGGGAUAUGUCUGUGGGUAAGCCAGCAGCCAGCCUGAUGCUACACACAGACAAGGUCCAGACGUUGCAGUUUCAUCCAUUUGAAACUCAGACCCUUAUUUCUGGAUCUUAUGAUAAAUCAGCUGCACUGUAUGACUGCAGAAACCCACAAGAUAACCAUCGCGUGUGGCGGUUUAGUGGUCAGGUUGAAAGAGUAACUUGGAAUCAUUUUUCACCUUGUAACUUCUUAGUGAGCACAGAGGAUGGCUUUGUGUACUGUCUGGAUGCUCGUUCUGAUAAGCCACUGUUUACUCUGAAAGCUCACGAUGAAGAGGUGUCAGGGCUACAGCUAAGCAGUCAGAUCAAAGGAUGCCUUGUGACAUCAUCUGCUGACAAACAUGUGAAAAUCUGGGAUAUCCUGGGAGACAGACCAAGUUUAGUCCAUUCCAGGGACAUGAAAAUGGGUGUUCUCUUCUGCGCGGCUUGCUGCCCUGACCUCCCAUUUGUUUUUGCCUUUGGAGGAGAGCGAGAAGGGCUGCGUGUGUGGGAUAUUAGCAAGAUUUCUGCAGUGAAUGAAGUUUUUGGAAACAGAGAGAGACUUGUUCUGGUAAACGCCAACCCUGUUGCCAGCAGCAGCAGCAGCAACAAUUCAGAGACAGCAAUGGAAUCCUGAUGGACCAAACAUCAAAAAUCAAAGUAAUUAACGGCACUAUGACUAAUGUGGAUUCUGCAAGUCCUGCCAUUUGGUGAGAGUUCAUAGGAAUUACUCUGGUGUCCUGCAAUCUGCAGGCUUCUUCAUCUUGAAGAAAUACGGUGAUGGGGUCAAGCUCUAAGUCAGCAGUUCUAAGUUCCUGCCUCUGUUACUAGCUGUGAAAGAUUAAAUGACUUGCUUUUUGCCUGAGAUUAUGAUCCCUGUAACAGGAAGUACUAUGUGUAAAGUUGAUACAUAAACUGAAACAGGCACUAGAAGAGUACUUUGCUACUACCAGAAGUUUGAAUACUACAAAGGUAAAUAUCUUCUAAAGGCAUAAGGAAAAAUACUUCAGCCAGCAGGUGUGUAAUAAAAAAAACAAAAGUUAAAUGAAAUGACAAGUGUAAAUAGAUAAUUUAUACUUGAUUUGAGGCUAGAUUUACAGAUUCCUAAUACAGAUUUUAAAAGUUCUAUGUAACUUCCCUAAGUCUUGAGUGUUUCUUGGGCAGUAAGUUGGGAGUCCCCGAGUAGGAUCUUGAAAUGCCUUUGUAACACCUUAGAUCACCAGUAUCAAACCAGAAAUAUCCCAUAUCUAUCCCAUCAAGAUCAAGGGGUUCUUUUUUGUGGUUCCACAGCAGCUGAAGCUUGUUAAUGUCACAUGUGCACUGGGUUUUUCUUCAAGCUCCAGAUGUUACAUAUAUAUGAAGACAAUUUGAACUGAAGUAAGGGGUUACUACUCAGAAGAGGGCGAGAGGCUGUCAGGACACAAAGCAAGGGUGGGGAUCUCAGCUUGUCACUGUCACUGGUGAAAGCUGACCAUGUUGCGUGCUCAUGUUCCUAACUCCUCCCAGGCAUUUCUGCCUGAAACCUGAAGGCACAAAGGAACGUUUUGAGUAUAAUCACCCUAACUGCUGACUUUAAUCAUAGGUUAGGGUGGGGUGGAAAGGACCUUAAGAUCAUCUAGUUCCAACCCCCCUGCCAUGGGAAUGUGACCUAAAACACCCAAGUGCCUUACCCCAGGCCAGUGAUUAUUGUGUCCUCCUGGGAUGUGUUUCCCUGUCUUCAUAGUGGAAGGUAUCUCUGUCUGUUGAGGUGGUGCUGCUGCAAGAAGUCCCUGGGUAUCAAAGCAGCCAUAGUGUUGGGGCCUGUUGUUGAUGGGAUCUUACCACCACUUCCCAUCCCAGCUCACUGUAACUCCUGGUGAGGUGAGGCAGAUUGACUCUAUCAAUACAAAAUGCAGAUGGCGAAAAGGCAGGGCUGGCAGUUUGCUUCCAACCCCUUUAAGUUAAAUGGCUGCUUCUAAGUUCUAUUUAGUUGCUUCUAGUCUGGUGGCAUGUACCUAGCAUGGCUCUGCAGGAACCAAGAAUACUUUGUGUUGGGAUUCCUGCUGCAGUCCAAGCAGUAGUGAAGGACGUGAUGUGGACAGUAAAUGAACCACCACUUUUGUGAAGCUGAAGAAGGUGAAGGCAUCAAAACCACCUCUGUUCAAGUGCUCUCCACUGAAAAUCUGCAAGUUUUUCAAAGCUUUCCCUCGAAAUAAAUGCUUUGUGUUAA